UUAGUGAGUCGCGAGUGCUCCUUGGAAAUUGCUAUUAUGCAGGCCCGCCCUCCGAACCCGAAUUAAGUCAAGUAUUGAAAUUGUAGCUGUACCCACUCCACUGGGAUGAAUUUCAAGUACCUGUUACUGAUCCUCUCACUGGCCCACGCACACAGCAUCAUGUCAGACAGCUUCGAGGGCUCUUUCCACGAGUUCGCGUACCGACCCACCACAACCACGGCUAAACCCAUGGAGGACACAGUCGCCCACCAUGCCCUCGUCGUCUACAACCGAAUCUACUGUUCCGGCUCGUUCAUAGGGAGCAAAGUUGUGCUGACUGUGGCCAGCUGCUUUCAGGAGGACAAGGAGAAUUAUACUAUUUACGUGAAGUUUGGGGUUAAGAACUAUUUGGAUAAAGGACAGGUUAUUGCUGUCGCCGAAAAAAAACAGCAUGAAUAUUUCCAAUACACCAGCUACCUGGACAAUGAUAUCGCCUUGCUUAUACUUGAGACACACGUCAAGUUCGAUUAUGGCGAGAGAAAAGGCGUUUUAAUCGAGCCAGGGACUGUGGUGCUAUAUCACCGAAAAACGUUUAAACCCUAUAUCUUGAUUAACACAGAUUUAUUGUGA